AUGCUCCUCUCCAUCCUGGUAGCCUUGUGCCUGUGGCUGCGCCUGGCGCUGGGAGUGCGCGGCGCACCUUGCGAAGCUGUGCGCAUUCCCAUGUGCCGGCACAUGCCCUGGAACAUCACUCGGAUGCCCAACCAUCUGCACCACAGCACGCAGGAGAACGCCAUUCUGGCCAUCGAGCAGUACGAGGAGCUGGUGGAUGUGAACUGCAGCUCUGUGCUGCGCUUCUUCCUCUGCGCCAUGUAUGCACCCAUCUGUACCCUGGAGUUCCUACACGACCCCAUCAAGCCCUGCAAGUCUGUGUGCCAGCGUGCACGCGACGACUGUGAGCCCCUCAUGAAGAUGUACAACCACAGCUGGCCAGAGAGCCUGGCCUGUGACGAGCUGCCCGUCUAUGACCGUGGGGUGUGCAUCUCUCCCGAGGCCAUAGUCACUGACCUUCCGGAAGAUGUGAAGUGGGUAGACAUCACACCAGAUAUGAUGAUGCAGGAAAGGCCCUUUGAUACUGACUGCAAACGCCUGAGCCCUGAUCGGUGCAAGUGCAAAAAGGUGAAGCCAACUUUGGCAACAUACCUGAGCAAAAACUACAGCUAUGUUAUUCAUGCCAAAAUCAAAGCCAUCCAGAGGAGUGGUUGCAAUGAAGUAACAACUGUGGUGGAUGUAAAAGACAUCUUCAAGUCUUCCUCACCCAUACCUCGAACACAAGUUCCCCUCAUCACGAAUUCUUCCUGCCAGUGUCCACAUAUCCUGCCCCAUCAAGAUGUCCUAAUCAUGUGUUAUGAGUGGCGUUCAAGGAUGAUGCUUCUUGAAAACUGUUUAGUUGAAAAAUGGAGAGAUCAACUUAGUAGAAGGUCCAUACAGUGGGAAGAGAGGCUCCGUGAACAGCAGAGGACAGUUCAAGACAAGAAGCGAACAGCCAGCCGCACUAGUCGUAGUAACCCCUCGAAGCCAAAGGGAAAGCCAUCCGUUCCCAAAGCUGCCAGCCCUAAGAAGAAUGUCAAAGCAAGAAGUGCCCUCAAAAAACAAAACCCAAAGAAAAGCACAAGCUAAUUACUUUCCAAGAUGGAGCCACACAUUCAGGAUAAGGCCAUACUGCCCGGGACAGCCUACAGAAGGCCACACACCACUUGCCUUAAGGACUCACAGCAGUUCUCUUUAUAGACACACCUUGCAGCACUUUUUUAAAUGAUAGCUUCAGUUUCCCUCUUUAAGCACACAGCCCUGUUGGUGGUUGGUCCUCUGGUAUGAAAGGUGCAAGAGGGAAAGCUGACAUAUAGGUUUUUGCAUUCAAAGUGGCCUGUGCGCAUGCUCUGUGUGACCUUCAUGGGGCGGGAAAUGUGCUUCUGUUUUGAGAGUUUGCCCUAAUACGUACAUUGUAAAGUUCACAUACUAUGUCAAACAAAACAAUUUUUAACAAAAAUAUUUUAUUUCCUUUGACUUCUGUUGGGAAGUCAGUGAUCUAUUAAAUGUGAUUGAAAAUAUGCUUUUUGACAAAGGCAGGAGAAUGAAUGAUACUUAAAAGAUCUUCAUGUGUUUGAUGUCUGCAGAAAGAUUUUUCUGAUGAAUGGGGUCUUGAAAAAUUUAGGGAUAUGGGAAAUAGUAAUAUGUGUUUGUCAGACUUCCAGCUCUGUCUUUAGCUAGAAACUGAAAACUAAGCUAACAAUGACAAAUAAAAAGGAGAGGCAGUC